AUGCAGCCAUAUACCCCAAACUGGACCCAUGUAACAAAGUUUGUCAUGGUGGGUUUUGCUGGGGUGCAUGAAACAUGCCUUCUUUUCUUUACACUUUCCCUCACCAUGUACCUUAUUACCUUGGUGGAGAACCUGGUCAUCAUCAUGCUGGUGAGUUUGGAUCAUUGGCUACAAAGACCAAUGUACUUCUUCUUGAGGCACUUGUCCUGCCUUGAAAUCAGGUAUACCUCAGUCACGGUGCCCAAGAUGCUCACUGGUUUUUAUCGGGGAGAUGGGGACAAGAAUAUCUCCUGUGCUGGUUGCCUUUCCCAGCUCUUCAUCUUCAUCUUCCUUGGGGCAACUGAAUGUUUUCUACUGGCUGCCAUGGCCUAUGACCACUAUGUGGCCAUACGUAUUCCUCUCUGAUAUGGGGCCUUGAUGUCCUGGGGCACCUGCAUCUGCCUGGCUGGUGCUUGUUGGCUGGUGGGCUUCCUCACACCUAUGUUUUCCUUCUACCUCACGUCCCAGCUGACAUUCUGCAGCUCCAAUGUCACUGACCACUUCUGUGAUGCUUCACCUCUGCUAGCCCUGUCCUGCUCAGAUGUUACCCUGAACGAGACUGCAGACUUCCUGAUCUCUCUGGCUGUGCUCCUGACCUCCUCUGCGGUUAUCGUUAUGACCUGUGGCAAUAUUGUCUGGACGCUGCUGCAUACCCAUUCAGCGACUGAGCACCAAGAGGCCUUCUCCACUUGUGCAGCUCACCUGACUGUGGUGAGCCUCUACUAUGGCACUCUUUUCUUUAUGUAUGUCUGGAUGAAAGUGACCUCCUCCAACAACUUCAACAAGGUGGUGUCUGUCUUCUACUUCAUUGUCACGCCAAUGCUCAACCCCCUCACAUAUAGUCUUCGAAACAAGGAGGUGAAGGGAGUUCUGAGCAGAGCAUUUUUCCUCAAGCCUUGGAAAGGCCAGUGA